AAACUACGUCUUGAGCUCACUGGGUAGUAUCACCAUUGUAAUUAUUAUUAUCAUAAAUAGAAGUAGGCAACUGCGCUCCAGGAGCGGACUUGGUGAAAAUGGCGCCUGGCAUCGGCUGCCUCCGCAGGCGCAGCUGUGCGCUCGCUGACCACAUCAGGGCAUCAUUAUAAUUCCUCUCCGGAGAAUGGAGUCAGCAGCUGCAUCGGGACUUGCGUCGGGCAAGAAAACCCACACAAGCCGCCGCCGCCGCCGUCAUCAUCAUCAUCAUCAUCAUGGGAACCUCCGGCCGCUCUGUCGCAGAUGUUUCUAACCGACGAGACCAUGCACAUCCUCCCGGGCACCAGGAGACGUGAUCGUCUCUCACUUGUUUACCGUCCGUUCACGAUCGAAGAAGAAGUGACCUUCUCCGAGGAGGAAGAUGUCAGCGAUGAAAAAGGUGUUACCAUGGCUACUACAGACUCACUGCUGUCUUUUCUUUGAGAAGGACUCAGACCAGAAGUUUUCACCUUGGUCCCCGUCUCCAAAGUUCAAUGAAGACAGACGCCUCCCUCCAACCAGGAACAUGAAGGGCUUAUCGGGCAGCCGUUCCCAGCACCAGAUCCCUCUACCCUACGGCUUGGACUACGACCCCCACGUCCAUGACCUCCAUGGCCACCAUGGCUCUGACUCCCGCCACUCAUCCUACCUGCUCAGCCCGACGGAGAGCUGCCCCAUGGACUUCCACCACCGCUACUCGCCGCGCAGCUCCAUCCACUCCGACUGCAUGAUGAUGGCCCCCGUCAUGGUGCCUCAGGCAGCAGCGUCGGAGCACAUCUCCAGCAGCACCUUUCCCAGGAUGCACUACAGCUCUCCGUACUACGACCCGGCCGCCAGGGAGGACUGCGCCGCCAUCACGGCCUCCGCCACCUCCCCGGCGGUGGCGGCGGCCGCAGCCGCCGCAGCCGCCUCCUCCCACCUCGCCGGCACCAAGAGCAACCGCCUUCCCGCUAACCUGCUGGACCAGUUUGAGAAACAACUGCCGCUGCACCGCGACGGCUUCCACACGCUACAGUACCAGCGCACGUCCACCACCACCGAGCAACGCGGCGAGAGCCCCGGCCGCAUCAGACACCUCGUCCAUUCCGUCCAGAAGCUCUUCACCAAGUCCCACUCCCUGGAGGGGUCGUCCAAAAUGAACGGCACCAAAGGGAUGCCGCUGAAGCGAAGAGCGGGUAUCACACCACGCACAUUCCACAAGCAUGGCAGCAAGAGGAGCAAGAGCAAAGAGCGCAAGCACCGCUCCGGCGGCUGGAGGAGCUCCGACGACAACCUGGACAGCGACAGCACCUACCGCACACCCAGCGUCAUGUCGAGGCACCACGGGGAACACGUCGGCCACUGCUACCCGGAUUCCACGCACAGCCAUCACUUUGGGGACCUGUCGCUCAAGGCCUCCAAGAGCAACAACGAUGUCAAAUGCUCAGCCUGCGAGAGCAUGGCCAUGGCGCCCGAGGGCAAGUUCAUGAAGAGGAGCUCCUGGUCCACGCUGACGGUCAGCCAGGCCAAGGAGGCCUACAGGAAGUCAUCACUUCAUCUGGAGAAGCCCAUGAUGCACUCGGACCUCAAGCAUUCGUCGCGACCGUGUCACUACCUGCAGGUUCCCCAAGAUGAGUGGAGCGGAUACCCGGGCGACAAGGAUGAGGAGAUCCCGUGUCGCCGGAUGCGCAGCAGCAGCUACGUCAAAGCAAUGGGAGAGGUGGAAGAUGAGAGCGGUGACUCUGACAGCAGCCCUAAGAUCUCCCCCCAGAAGGCCGUCCGGCCCGAUGCGCUCGUGCUCAAGUCGGCCAUGCAGAGACCCCGUUUAGACUCCCACAGCCAGGGCUACCACAUGCAAACCGCCAGAGACAUGCGACCCCAGCACAGUGUCACGCUGGACCCCGCCGCCUUCCACCCUCCGCCCUUCCGCUCUCGCAACCAGAGCUACAUGCGCGCCGUCAGCACCCUCAGUCAGGCAAGCUGCGUCAGCCAGGUGAGUGAGACUGAGAUCAAUGGCCAGUUUGAGUCAGUUUGCGAGUCCGUUUUUAGUGAAGUAGAAUCCCAGGCCAUGGAAGCCUUGGACCUGCCUGGUUCGUUCCGCACUCGAAGCCACAGUUACCUCCGUGCAAUUCAGGCUGGUUAUUCCCAAGAUGACGACUGCUUGCCUUCAAUGACAUCCUCCACUGUCACUUCAACUCUCAGAUCCACAACAGGCGUCCGUAGCUUAGCUGGGGGGCGUAGAGAGUACGGUAGGUCUGGGAUUCAGUUUCGUCUCCCUUCUUCCUGCAGUGUGGACCGCGCUCAGCCACCUUCAGCGGUAUCAUAUCCUCCCAGUUACAAGAAGACCGCUCCUCCCGUGCCGCCGCGCGGCGCCCCCAAGCCCCUCAUCUCCGUGACGGCCCAGAGCAGUACGGAAUCCACCCAAGAUGCCUACCAGGAGGGCCGGCACCCGCGGGGCGGCCUUUGGACCACGGACAGCCUCGGCCGUCCCAUCUACAGCUCCGCGGACAGCCUGGACAGCACUAAGGCCGUCACCAUGGCGAUGGAGUCGGCAGCCGGCAAGAGGCACGCGUCUUCGGGCAGCCACACCUCGGUGCAGACGUGCGACAAAGCGGUGCUGGUGUCCAAGGCCGAGGAGUACCUCAAAACCCCGCGUUCUUCUAUCGGGAUACAGGUGGAAACUGUGACGGACUCUGAGUCGGAAAGCAAAGGCCUCCCUCAGUUCCACUCUAUAGGAAUCCAGGUGGAGGACCACAAACGACACGGGAGGUUCAAGCGCUCCAACAGCGUGACAACAGCAGUGCAAGCCGACAUGGAGCUGGAGGGCUUUCCCUCCAUGGAGGACAAAGGUCUGCAGUUCGGCGGCGGCUUCGGUCGCCACUCUGAGCCCAGCACGCCCACGCAGUACGGCGCCAUCCGCACGGUGCGCACGCAAGGCCUGUUCAGCUACAGGGAGGACUACCGGCCCUCCAGCGGGCCCCCCAGCCCACAGCCGGAAGCCUGGCUUGCCGAGCCCAGCCUGGAGGGCGCAGACACAGGCAGAGUGUCCCCGCUCCGCAGGGACGGCAGCUGGUUCAUGCAGCUCCUUCACAAUGAAACCAAGCGGCUGGAGGGAUGGUGCAAAGAGAUGGAGAGAGAAGCGGAGGAGCACGAUCUGACAGAGGAGAGUGAGUGUCCCGGGGGAAACUACAGUCUUGUCAAAACGGGAGCCGCUUUAGUUGUCCCAGUCCUGGGAAAAAUCCGGAGUGCGGUGGGAAGCGCUCAGCUACUGAUGUCUCAAAAGUUUCAGCAGUUUUACUGGCUGUGUCAGCAGAAUCUGGACCCCAGUGCCAUGCCCAGACCCACAUCUCAGGACCUGGCGGGAUUCUGGGACCUCCUGCAGCUUUCCAUCGAUGACGUCACUGCCAAGUUUGAUGAGCUGCAGCAGAUCAAGAGCAACCGUUGGCAGCUGGUGGAGAGUCCGGAUAAGAAGGAGCGAAAGUGGCCCCCACCUCUGGCAAAGCGGCCGUCCAAGGGCCGCGGCGUGAUGCGAGAGCGCUCCCUGGACCUUCAGGACCGCCAGCGGCAGGAAGCCCGCCGACGCCUCAUGGCCGCCAAGCGAGCGGCUUCUUUCAGACAGAACUCGGUCACAGAGCGGGCAGACAGCAUCGAGAUCUACAUCCCCGAAGCCCAGACGCGGCUUUGAGGUCCCCGGGUUCACCCUAUAGGCGCCUCUCGUCCACGUCCACGUCCAAAACCAGCGUUGUCACAACCAGCCCGCCGUUACAGUCCGUCACCAUCGCUCGCCCAACGCUUUCCCAUCAACCGUCGCCAUUCUCUGGGUUGUCCCCGCUGAAGCUACACUAGGCAAGGUCGCGGUUGUAAACGUGUCCUUUUGUUUGGUCCUGUCGACGUGGGGAAGAAGGCCCGACCCUCCCUGAGUGACAAAGAUCAGAAGGUCAAAAACCGAGAAAAUGACUUUCCUCCUCUUUCCCUUUUUGGUAUUUUGGUUAAAACGUGUGGCGGAUCAGCCGCGUUGGUAAACACGAGCCGCUAACAGUUGAACAGAAGUUUGCCUAGUGUAGCUUUAAACCGCUCAGAGGGACUUUCCGACCCACCAGAAUGAGCCGCCAUGUCCCCAAAACGAUCAUUCCACCUGUCAGCAACAUCGUGUCAAGUUAAAAGCAUUACUGUUGAACCUCCAGUGUCGGCCCUCGUCGCCGUUCGCCCACUUCAGGGUAACGCUGCCCGUGCCACGUUCAAAGGGAAACACAAAGUGCCACUGACUUUGCCACCAGCAACAACAGUCCGAGGCUGGAGCUCCCUGCGAGACGGAACAUCGGCAGUGAAGUGACGUUUCUCGGUGAGGCAAAAAAAAAAAAAGGCCAAUGGAAAUGAAGCAAAAGCAAAUGGAAUUAUUUUUGAUCAGAACGUCUAACGGAGGCGGCUGAAGCCCGGUAGCGCGGCCGGUCCAUUCCUUACCCGUCAAGGAGAACGGGUGCAGAAGUGUUUGACAGCGUGUCUGAGGUGCUGCACAACUUAUCAUCCUCCAUCCAUCUUUAAACAGGCAUGCUGCAGCUGCUGGCCCAUGUGGCUGAAUGAGAUCUGAAAAAUAAGUCCUAGACCUUUUCCAUUGGGCCAUUUAUUCAUUUCACGUUCCCUUAACAACACGCCGCUCUUAGGACUGUAUAUUUUAAAGCUAUGUGCGUAAUUUGCUGCUGGAUACAUUUCCAUUGCAGAACAAAUAUGAAUUAUUAACAAAGACAGUUUUGCGCAGCCUGGAAGAGGGGACUGUAGGUGCAUUUUGCACCGUGUAAUAUUCAUGUUUGUAUUUCCAAGGGAAAUGUAGUUUAUGAAGCUCAUGUGAUAUUGUUGCAGUUGAAUUGCAAGAUCAGAUAUGGAAAAUUCACUUGUUAUACUGCAGGUCAUAUGAACUGCACCGUGUGUUGUUUUGUUUACAUUUAUUUUGCGCGUAAUUACACUAUUAAUUAUACUUAAAGUAUCUAUCAUCUGACCACCAUCCUGAUCUACAGUAUAUAUUUUGUAUUUAAAGUUGAAUCAGUUGUGAGUGGACAGGACAGUGCGUCUGUCCAGCUGGAAGGACCCAUGUCUCAGAACGCACAUGGUCCAACCUUUUGUCUUUGAAAACCCUUCUGUUGUCGUUCUGAUCUGCUCGUGUGGUCCGGGAACGAACGGUGCAAGUGACACUUUAACAAUAUUCAGUUACUGUAGUAAAUGGUGCUGCUUUUUACUCUUAAAACUGUUGUCCUUUACCCAGUCGUAUGUGCGCACACACACUCACACACUCACACACGCUCACACUCACUCAAGGACUUUUUAAACAAAGAUGUAUUAAUAUGGUGCACGUUGUCUCUCCAAGGACCUUUGGUAGAUUAGGACUUGAGAAAAGGUCAUCUUUGCAAUGCCCUUAGUGAUUUAAAUCAGGAGACGGUUUCAUGGUACAACUCGCUUUCUAACAUGCAAAGAGGUCAUUGAUAUUUACUCCGUCCACCGCUGAGCCGACGGCGUACCGCUUGCUGGACGCACUCCAUUGCACCGUGCUUCAUACCAGAGCAACAAUGUGUCCCUAACAUUUGCGGUAGAAGCUCAUUAAUCCUCAUUUUCCAAACCGGUGUGUUAAAAAAAAUGCCGACAUAGGGAGUCCCAAAUGUUUCACAUGAUGUUGUCAUUAGAAUACUCAGUUUUUGUUGCUUUGCGUCGUGGCUUUUAUUCACCAUUAGCUUUUACUUUGUGAUAUUUCUUCAACGGCGCUGAAUCUGAAACUCUGACCUUACCAGAUGGCCUUACCCAAAACACUUGUGAAUGUAGAGCCCUUACUAAUGCAAAAAAAAAGAAAGAAAAGCUUCCCAGGAGAUGAGCAGCUGCUGGAAACUAAAUCGAACAAACACAUUUAUUUGAUUAAACUCAAUUCCGUCUUUCUAAAUAAUUUGGUUGAUUUUAAGAUGAAAUAUUAAAGUGAGAGUCACGGAAGGCAGUACAUUCUUUCACACUAGUUUUGUGUUUUUCAGACGUGUGUGUGUAACGUUGCCAAAAACAAAAGAUUGCAGAUUAUCUUGUUUUAAUAUAUGUAAUAAAUGUACUCCUAGUCAGAGAUCAAUUAAGAGACAAAAUACUUGAUAUGAAAAAUAUUAUAUUUAUACUUACUAGUCCAGAAAUAUUCAUGCAAACAAUAUGUCCGAAUACUUUUAUACAGAAUUCUAUAUGUAGAAUGUAAGAAUUAGCACCAAUCUGUGGAGUUUAGAUUUAUAUGCACCAAUAAAAAUAAUUUGUUGUUUUUUAA